UGCUUCGUGGGUCCAUACUUCAUCCUGUAGUGCCCGCCAUGGCGUCAGCACUAUGUCUCCGACGGAUUCUGUGGGUGGCUUUGCUGGCUGCGUUUGGUGCUUGGUGUAGGUCCUGGAUGCUGCAGGGUGGCUAUGGAUACCUGGAUUGGUUCUUUCCGGAGCCGGCCGUGGGUGCCGUGGGCUCUGUCGUACUGGUCCGGGCGAUGGAUGCUUGGAGGCCUUGGGGGCGUUCCCAUGGCUCCGGCUUCGUUUGGCAAGAUGGACACGUGGUGACCAACAGCCACGUGGUCCAGCUCACCUCGCUCCUGUCGGUGCACUUCGCCGACGGCGCCGCCUGCCGCGCCUCGGUGGUGGGCACCGCGGAACGCUGCGACGUGGCCCUGCUCAAGCUCCACACCACGAGUUGUUCCGGCGGCACCAGCCCCUUCGUGCUGCCGAAGCCCUUACGCUUGGCGCCAAAGCCGCCCAAGCUAGGGGAGGAGGUCAUGGCGGUUGGGCAUCCGGGCAAUUGGGCCUGGCUCGUGGGGAAGGGGGCCAUCACUGGCGUGGGCAGGGACUCUUCCAGAGCGGUGCAGAAGUGGGAGGCGCUGUCGGAGUUUCAGCGCUUCUGCGCGGUGAACGGCAUGGUCUUCGCCUCGGUGCCUGCCGGGCGUGGCAGCAGUGGAGGGCCGUUGAUCAAUGGAAGAGGUGAAGUGGUGGGCAUCACCACAUGGCAGUUCCAGAGCACUCCUUUGCUGACCGCGGCCGUCAGCGCGAGCACGUUGCAUCAGCUGCUUCCAGAGCUCCUGCAGGGAAGUGGUGGCGUGAGUGCACCCACCAUCGGUGUGGAGGAACAUCUGGGCCCAGCUAAGCUGAUCUUCCCCUCUUUUCGCAAUGCCCAGCUGGGCGUCUCGGCCUCCGGCGCACGUCUUUGGUGGCCGGGACGGCCGCUGCCUUGGUCCUGGCGUGGACAAGAGCUUUGGUGGUUGGAUGAGGUGAAGAGCAUCCAGGGAAAGCCUGUGGAGAGUGUGGCAGAUGUCUAUGAGGUGGUCCAAUCCGCUCCGGUGGGGGCUCAGCUCCAACUGCAGCUGAAGCGUUUCGGCUUCUUCGAUGUCAACGCCUCGGCCGUGGUGCGCUGCCGUCCACCCCAGCAGCACCAGCUGCUGCGACGCCUGCUGCGGGCCACGUGGAGGGCGUUGAGCACUGCGCAGGUGGCCUUGGCCAUCCACGAGUUCACGCGGAACGUGCGGAAGGAUCUGACAAAGGUGCGCUCUGCCGUGGAGGAGAUGGAGAAGUGCGGGUUCUUCAAUGUGAGUCGCUCAGGUGUCCUUCGAAGACGUUUGUCUAUUUAUUUAACCUCCAACAAACAUGGAAGUGGACAAUCCCCUGUGUGCAAAGGAAAUGGUUUUUGUUGUUUUCAGGGUCAUUUUCCACUUAUGAAUGUUUCAGGGAGGAAGUAGCAGAAGAAGAGGUUUCAGGGGUGAUCAGGACAGGUAGCUGGGUAGUUGUCGGCAUUUGGCGUGGCAAUGCCCGUAAUGCCCUUCUGAUUAUGGGAAAGUCUUGUGGUCAGACUAGGCAAAUCUAUCUUGAAGACUUUUGAUGAGUCCUGGUUGUCAUCAAGCCGGUGGACUGGUUCUUCAAACUUGCAGAAUCCGCAGUUUUGUUUCAUCUGUGCUUGAUAUACUUAAGAGAUUCAACAAACUGCUUGCGCAGCUGCCUGCCCACUUUUUGAGCAUGGCCGACUCAGCACUGAGGUCAUAAGGAUGACAACACGAAGCAAUUGAGCUUGGCUACUGCUCGCUUCCUGGUCAAGGGCGAUGCCUUCAAGAAUCUUUGCCUCCCUCCUCGUUCUCACGCCCAAUGUGUGGUUCCCACGAAUGCGAAGAAGAAGACAUGGAAGAGAGUGCCCCUCUUCGAUCUCUGCCGGUUGAACUGCAACGCGCAGAUCAUCGAUACACCCACCUUUUGCUGUAUGCAUGUGGCCCAGACCAAGACCUGCCAGCUGAUUUCGGGUGGCAAUGCUACCACGACCAGUCGGCUCAUGGGGAGUGUGGCCACGAUCUGUAAGCCGAUGCCUGUCCUCCAAUUGCUGCGGGCCUUGAAGCUUUUAUGGGCCUUGGCACUCUCCGUCCUGCGGGACUAGGCAACAGACUAUGACAGACUUCCUGGAGAGGGAAACCCAGGGUACUCCCCCC